AUGACUAAAAGGCAAUUGAUUAACGAUUUUAAAUCUGAGGAAAAAGAAAUAUCAAGUGAUUUAUAUAAUUUUAAUGUUGGAGUUGGUUGUUCUGUUACUAAUGCAGCAAUUAAGCCUGUUACUGGCAAAGCCUUGAAGCAAAAUCCUUUAUUUUGCAUGAUGCUGACUGGAUUAAAUUAUAAAGUGUUAGAAAAGAUGUUAGUUUAUAUAUGUGAAAACACAUUUGAGUUUGGAAAACCAACAAAACUUAGCAAACCUGAUCAGGUUAUUAUUACCAUAAUCAAGUUAAAGCAAAAUUUAAAUUUUGAUUUGAUUGCAUACCUUUCUAAUGUUAGCAAAACAACCAUAAUUGAAUAUUUUUAUAAAUGGCUUGAUACAAUGUAUUCGAAACUCAACUUUCUCAUAAAAAUGCAAGAUCGAGAUAACAUAUACGAUACAAUUCCUGGUGUUUUUAAAGCAAAAUUUCCACGUUUAACAUCUAUAAUUGAUUGUUUUGAGACGUUUGUUGAAGCACCAUCUUCUCUUUUAGCAAGGGCUCAGUUUUACAGUCAAUACAAAAAGCAUUGCACAAUCAAAGUAUUAAUUUCCUGUACUCCUACAGGUGCUAUAAAUUUUUUGUCAAAGUGUUAUGGAGGUAGAGCUUCUGACUUACAAAUUGCACGUGAAUCUGGAUUUGUAAAUAAACACAUGCCAGGAGACCAAAUCUUAGCAGAUCGUGGAUUCACUCUUCAAGAUGACUUUGCUGCUGGGAGUUCUGCUGAGUUGUUAAUUCCGGCCUUUACACGGGGUUUAGAGUUUAGAACUUCCUUGAAAAUUACUUAA